UGUAUGUGUGUGUAUGUCUAGUGUAAAGUUUAUUUUAUUAAGUGCCCAAAUAGUUCAACCAAUAUGAAAAUUCAGCAAUUGUUUAUUCACCUUUUACCUUUUCAAAAACUUUUUGCAUCGCUUUCUUCUGUUUAACACAAAAUAAGAUAUUUUGAAAAAUGCUGGUAGCUGCAUCUAUUUACUUAUCUGCAUCUUAUUUAAUUGUUUUCCUACUACCGAAGAUGAUGGGUGCCAGCAACCAGUAUUAUUCAAUAUCUUCUAUAGACAAUAGAAAAAAUUAACUCAAAGGUUUCAAACUGAUGAUGUAGAGUAAACGAUGAGGUAUUUUUUUUCUAUCUCGGGUUAGCUGUCCCUUUAAGAUUGAAAAAUUAGGCUGCGCUGAUUUUACCAUAGACAUAUUAUCUUUGAGUAUAGCGCCCUCUAGUGUAAAGAUAAGCUUAUUACAGAAUUGGACAGACUGCCGCUGUCAGAUUGUUUUUCUCAAUAACCCCUGCUGCAGCGUUUCGCAAAAAUACUCAUUUGAAUGCAGUCUGGUAUGUUACAUACUUAAAGAUGCAUAUUAAAUAACGCAUUCUUGGCCAUAGGCAUCACGACAGCACGUUCACUCUCUGUUCAUAUGGACAAAGGGCUGAAUGUGGACGGUAUUUUUAGAGCAGAGUCACACGGAGGCGGAGCGCGGAUGCUUCACGGCCAAAGAUGCGAAUGUCAAACAGCAGGUGGAGACUGACUGCUGAAGGAAAGAAACCAGACGAGAGCCGACACAUACUAUUAAACCUAUUCGAUGGAGAAGAGAGGAAAAUAACAGUGAUGCGCUCUGAAUGAGUGGGCCGGGAGAGCGUGAACCAUGGUGGACCCAUUGGAACCCGAUGACCAGAGUAAAUUCAGGGGGGCCCAGUUUGAAAGCCCAGCUGCUGCCUCUGAAGCACCAUGUCUACCUGAGCCAGGUGAUGAUAAAGAUGUUAGUGUGGAUUCCAGCCCACAGACAUCACCGGGUACUGACCCUGUACAAAGCUCUCAAGAACCAUGCCAGCAGCAAAACAGUCAAUCAGAAGAGGUAAAACUGCAUCUGGACCUUUACAAUUUUGAUUCGCCAGUUGCAGAAGGUAGUCGGUAUGUACUGACAAGCCCUCGCUCUCUCGAGGCAUGUGCACGAUGUGGAGUGAAACCUGUGGAACUUCUGCCACGUCCACUGUCUGAUUUUGCACGAGAAGCACCUGGCCGCAGCAUGCGUGUCGCAACAGGAAUGUUUGAGAUAUAUGAGCGGGAUAGACAUGCUAAACUCCGUCACUGUAGAGAAGAGAGAGAGCGGAUUAUCAGAGAGGAGAAAAGGCGAUUUCUGCAAGCAGCUCUCAACAAUAAUAGUGGUACACUGGCUUCAGAGAAGUCUGAGGACACUGUAAAUGCUGCUUUGUCUCAACAAACCAAUCAUAGUGUAACAAAUCCAGCCCCCAAAAUGGCUCCACCUUGUAGCACCGCAUCCAAAAAACAAUCAACAUCAACUGCUCCUAAAAGCGUGAUAGCAGGAUCCGGACAAGUGACUUCAGUAUCCAUAUCAAGUUCUCCUCCGGCCUCAAAAUCUAGUCCAGUGAACUCUGCUGCUCCUUCCAAAGUAACCUCUGCAAAAAAGUCCAAGUCACUUGAAGUAGAAUCUGGGAGAAAACCUUCAGUAAUCCAACGAUCAAUUCAGUCAGUUCCUGGAGGACAGGGUCAAAAAAAACCUACCACAAAGGCUCCAAAUACUUUCCCCAGAUCAAUACCAAAGCCUUCUUCUUUUCCAAGGACACCAACUUCACUUGCUCCAAUAGUGUCGAAAUCUGCUGUCCAAAGUCCUGCUAAUGGCAUCACGGGUACAUUUGGGCAGCAUAAUGGACAUAUUAUCUCCAAGUCAAAGGUUAGGUGCAGAAGCCAUUCUCUGGAGUCUUUGCAGCGAAGGCGUGACACAUUUAGUUCUUCUACUGCUUCAACCACAAACACAACAACUACCACGUGUACCUCCUCUGAGUCUGCUUCUUCAUCCUAUAGCUGGGAUGGGGCAAGAGAUCACUGGGCUAAAACAUCAAGCCCUCGUGCCCGCACUUUAGCUACAUUUAACUCCCUGAUGGGUCGCAGUUUGAGCUUGGGAGACCUUAGCCAUUCUCCACAGACUACGCAAAAAGUGGAGCGCAUUGUGAAAGAGGUGAGGCGCAGAGGACUUAAAGCUGUUCCUGAACGUGACCGAAAGAUUGCUGCGUUAAUGCUAGCUAGGUACCAAGAGGAGGAUAUAAUGAGCCAGACACGCUAUGUAGCACACCUGCAAUGGGAUAGUGAGCGGCGAGUAGAGGAGCUGAGAAGGGAACGUGAAGAUCGUGAGAAGCAGAGGGCCGUGCAGCAGUGCCAACGUGCAUGGCAAUCACAAGUUUCAACCAGACAGCGCUGGCUUAAUCAGCAGGAGCGUGAGGCUGCUGAUGCGAAACUUCGCCAAGCUGUGGAAAAUGAGGAGCGUUGGAAGGAGUUGGCUGAGCAACAAGAACGCAGCCGCUUGCAGAAACUGCAACAGGCUGCCCGCGAGGAGAAACACAAGAAGGCAUUACAAGAACAGAACCUUAAAGCUCUGGAAGAGGAGCGAGCUGCCAUUCUUGAGCAAGAGAAACUGCUCCUCAAGGAGAAGCUGACAAUUGCUGAGCUGAAGCGACAGGAGCGAGAGCACCAGAUUCAAGAGGAGCGUCGUGGACUCAACCGUGCUGAGAAGAGACGGCAUGCCGCUCUCAUCCAAGAAAUUGCGCGCCGUGAAACAGACGAGCGUGAAGAAGCACGGAGAACAGCGGAUGAGAAGCUAAGCAGGUCUUUGGAGAACUAUGAGCAGAUACAAGAAAAACGAGCGCAAGAGCUGAAGGAGAAAGCUAAACGAGAAGGAAAGCUGAUCCAGAAAGCGAGACGCAGUGCCGAAAUACGUGAGCAACAGCAGAAAGAACAGAUGGAGGCAAAAGCUAGGGAAGCUGAAAGACGAGCACAACAAGCCGCUCAAGUAGCUGAAGAACGGGCUCGGGAGAAGGCCCAACGUGCGGUGCAAAGCAGGCAGGAAAAAGAGCGACUUCAAAGGCUUAACCGCCAACGGGUGGAAGAGGAAGAGAAAAUGCGCCGCUUAGAAUUGUUGCAGUCCAUCGAGCGGAAACUGGAAAAAAGUGAACAGAUUUUCAGAGAAAAGCGUGCAGUGUUGGAAAGUGCCCGAUCAGUGGCACGUGCGUCUUUCCACGUGCGGGAUCGUGUUCGCGAAGAGACGAACAUGCGCACCUUUGACAAGAUGGCCCUGGAGGCUCAGCUACAAGCAAAUUUAGUUGAAAAGUGAGCAUUUCAACUGUGAAGCUUAUUUGCUUUUUCCAUGCACCUCUGUGUAGAAAUAAGCUGUGCUUGAGCCUACAUGCUAGCCCCACCACCAAAUUACAGCAACACUUUUGAUGGUCAUGCCAUCUAAAGAUUCAUUAACUCCUGAUGCUGGAUCAUUUUCAUCAUGCCACCUGAAGAAAUAUUUUUCUGUAUUUAUAUGUUUUAAAUGUUAACCUAAGAACUGUGUGCUUAUGUGUGGAUGAUCAUAUUGAUGUCUGGGCAUGCUUGCUUUUUGAAAACUGGCAGCCAUGCUGCUUUGAGAACCGUAUAUAAAGAGUUCAUUGUUUACAAGGACGUUUGGCACUAUUGCAACGGUGAUGACUGCUUUCUAAGGGUGGCUUUAUUUCUUAGAACAAGAAAGAGAAAAGAGGAGGGGAGGCCUCUCCCGGAGUAAAUCUUUUUAGGGAGAUUCUUGUUUUUGGAAUAUAGGCCACAGGACCAACUCUAAUGAAAUGCUGACCCAGCAUUACAUCAUAGAGUCAGGACAUGACAAAGAAUGAUCUCAGCACAGUGUAACUGCUGAUGAAGCACAAGAGUCUUUGGUCAGCAACAGACCCAGCAGGGCUCAAAUCCAUACUGACAUCCCCUGCAUUCCUCCAGGUUCGGGAGUAGAGAAGAUGAUGUAGACAUCUGCGGCCUGAUUCAGUUCAAAUAACCCUCAAGAGACUGCAAAAGACAUUUCACUUUGAUCAUGGAUCCUCAUUCUCUAUCUCUCUGGCAGUGACUCAGCAAGGCAUGAUGAAAUUGGGAGGUUUAAUAAAGUCUGCAGCCAUUUUAAUUCCAGCACAUCCAGAUGGCACCACAUUCGUGACCCUGGACUACAAAACCAGUCUGUAUGCAAUCUAAAUUUGCCAUAAUUAUGUUGCUAGCACACAUUGUUAUUCUUUAGGUGAACAAUUAACCCAUGCCAGUUAUUCCACUGGAAAAAAAAAAAAAGUUUGUUUUGGUAAUCUUUAAUCAAAGUCUGACCUAAUGAUUUGAUGGCUUAAUUGACACAGCAUUUUUCCCCCCAUAGACUUCCAUUCAAGCUUUUAGGACUCUUGACAGCUUAAUUACAGGUAAAUACAUUACACAUGCCGAUUUGUUCAAAUUAUAAUAUCUGCCAUGACAUGAAGAUGAUUGUAGCUUCCUUAUUUCACCUGUAAAAAAGGAAAAUCUUAUCAAAUUGCUCUAUUUUUGUCUUAGCACCACUCUUUUAUUACUGUAAUGGAAAGCUAGUGUUUCCAUGUAGGCGGCAGAUGCUUCAUUGCUUCCACAAAAGAUUAGUCAUUUAUAAAAGGGGGAUAUGCAGGGUUAUACUUGCUUGACAAACAACAGAAACAACUCUUUUGAACGUUUGUAUUUAAAAGUAAAUAAUAAAUCCUGAACAUUU